CCUGUUGUAUGGGGGAAAGGUAUGCUAUAUCCAAGAGGCUCGGAGAGUCGUCAUAUACAAAGUUUAGAUGGAAUGUGGGAUUUCCGGAUAGAUGCUUCUCCAAACAGGAAUCUAGGUUUUGAACAGAAAUGGUAUUCAGGGCGCCUUUCUACUACAGGACCAGUUAUACCCAUGGCUGUACCGUCCAGUUACAAUGAUGUCACAGAGGAUAAAAACAUACGAGAUUUUGUUGGUUGGGCAUGGUAUGAUAGGGAAUUUUUUGUUUCGAACGUAUCACAAAAUCGCCGUAUAGUUCUUCGUUUUGGUAGUGCUCAUUAUUAUGCCAUCGUCUACGUCAACGGUAUAGAAGCUGUGAGACAUGACGGAGGACAUCUUCCGUUUGAAGCAGAUGUCAACGCCCUCCUUGUCGUCAAUGGUCCGAAUUAUGUGACAGUAGCCGUAAAUAACACCCUCAGCCCUACCACCCUUCCACCUGGAACAAUUUCCUACAAAACAGAUACAUCUAAAUAUCCUGAAGGAUACUUUGUGCAGAAUUUACAGAUGGACUUCUUCAAUUACGCCGGAAUACAUCGUCAUGUUAGACUCUAUACUACACCCAAAACAUACAUAGAUGAUAUCACUGUGACAACAACCGUUGACUUCGCUUCAAAUAAGGGAUAUGUAAAUUACGCUAUAGAAGUUGUUGGUGACCAGUCCGGAACAUUGAAGGUUGAGGUUAUGGAUAAAAGUGGGACAACAGUUGCUACUGGAACGACCAGUAAGGGCACAUUACAAGUGGACAAUCCUCAAUUGUGGUGGCCAUACACCAUGAAUGUAAACAAUCCAGCCUAUUUAUAUACACUGAAAGUAACAUUAACUGGCACUGACCUGGACGUAUAUCGUCUUCCUAUUGGUAUAAGAGUUGUUAACGUCACUUCCGACCAGUUCCUGAUAAACAAUAAACCCUUUUACUGCCAUGGCGUUGACAAACACGAAGAUUCUGAUAUUCGAGGUAAGGGAUUAGAUUACGCCUUAAUAGCGAAAGAUUUUAAUAUGUUGAAAUGGUUGGGAGUCAACUGCUUUCGGACAUCUCAUUAUCCUUAUGCUGAAGAAAUUUUGGAUCAAGCAGAUCAGCAGGGGAUCGUUAUAAUUGACGAGAGUCCUGGGGUUGGUAUCAAGUCUCACAAUUUUGGAAACGAGUCAUUAAGUCAUCAUUUAGAGGUAAUGUCAGAGAUGUACCGGCGAGAUAAAAAUCGACCAGCAGUAUGUAUGUGGUCUGUAGCCAACGAACCUGAAUCAGACGCCGCACACGCGGUUCCUUACUUCAAAUCUGUGAUAGGUUAUACCAAACAGCUCGAUCCAACAAGACCUGUUAGUUUUACUUGCAGUAAAGAUUAUAACAAUGAUAAAUGUGUUCAAUUUGUCGAUGUUAUUAUGAUCAAUAGAUAUUAUGGAUGGUACAGCGAUACUGGGCACCCAGAAGUCAUUCAGAGACAUCUUAACACUAAUUUUAUGGAAUGGAGAAAGCUUUAUAAUAAGCCGUUGUUGGUAUCAGAAUUUGGAGCUGGUACAGUAGCCGGGUUGCACCGCCAACCAAGUGUGGCUUUUACUGAAGAAUACCAAAUAGAGGUCCUGUCUCAAUAUCACCAAGCCUUUGACCAGCAUAUAGGACAAUUCCUUGUUGGUGAGCUUAUUUGGAAUUUUGCUGAUUUCAUGACUGCACAAAACCCAACACGAGUUGUUGGAAAUAAGAAAGGUAUUCUGACAAGGCAACGACAACCUAAAGCAGCUGCCCAAUUAGUAAGGAAUAGAUAUAAUGCUAUGUUUAAUUCCACGUUUAAUGGAGAUCACAGACUUUGUUAUUUAUAG